AUGCCGAAAGGAUGUCUCACCGAGCUCACAAACUCCAAAAAUCCCCGAAGCGAAAAAUGCGACCAAAUUGUCGACGAACGCCUGGCCCUGCCGUCAUCGUCGUGGUGCAACUUGACGGACGAUAUGAGAGGGAAUUGCCCCGCCGAUUGGGACGGCUCGUUAUGCUGGAGAUCGGCGUCACCCGGAGAAACCCUGAACCAGACCUGUCCAUCCAAAGUCAAACAGUACAGCUCGCACAAAAGCGUCUCCCGGACCUGCUCGGCGGAAGGGCAGUGGUCACCCCCGAACUACUUCACGUGCUUCAACGAUGCUCACCUCGAAUACAUUCGCGUCAUGACGAAAUACCUAAGGAGCAUAAAACGGGUGUCUUUCAUCGGAUACUCGACAUCCCUCAUACUCUUAAUUGCAGCUUUCAUCCUUCUAGUUUCUCUAAAACGACUUCGAUGUCCACGGAACAAAUUGCAUUUGCAUCUCUUCGCGUCAUUCAUGCUGAGAAGUCUCAUCGUCGUCACAAAGUUCCUCGUGUUCCCUACUGGAGUACAAUCGUUCGGCUCGGAUUAUACGGGCUGCCGAAUUUUCAUGGUCGUUUUCCAUUACACAUUGGCAGCAAAUUACUGUUGGAUUCUGAUGGAGGGUCUCUAUCUCUACAAUCUCAUAUUCAUGUCUGUAUAUAAGGAUAACUCGAAGAUCACAAGCUACGUGCUCAUGGGAUGGGGGUUCCCGAUGCCUUCAGUGAUCAUCUGGACUAUAGUGAACGCGAUUAUGGACAAUGAAGAUUGCUGGGUUACUGGACCACCUGCAGUAACGUGGAUACACCGAGGACCGAUUACUUUUUCAAUAGUGUUGAACUUCUUCUUCUUUCUGAGAAUAACGCGCGUCGUAUUCCUGAAAGUUUCAUCUGCGACGGCGGUUCAAGAGAGCCACAAUCGUAAUAUUCGCUAUCGGAAGUGGUUCCGAUCAACGUUGGUCCUCGUUCCUUUGUUCGGAGUACAUUAUACAGUGCUAUUCAUAGUCUCCUUGGUUGAUGACGACAUCGUGCAGAUCUACUGGCUGUAUAUCGACCAAAUUUUCUCGUCGUUCCAGGGCUCAGUCGUCGCGUUGCUUUACUGUUUCUUCAAUAAUGAAGUGCAAUCUGAGGUCAUCAGAAUUCUGCCUCAAGGUCUGAAGUCGAAGAUGUCGUUCCUCAAGCGAUCCGCGACUUACGAGUCUUCGGCCAACUACUCAAAAAGAGACUCGACAUCUCAUCGGACGUUCACAACGAAAUCCAGAUUUUUCGAGAGACGCCAGCUCCUGCAUCGCGACUCGGCGAACCAAUACACGGCAAAGGAGGAGCUGGAGCACACCUGUCUGUGCAGCAUUGAGAACAGCCCGCCUUCGAGAGGAACAUGCUUUUUCGAUCGAGUUCCGGCUUCGCUGGACAUGCCAAAAGAACCCAAUCUCAUUGAAUCGGGAGUCUGA